AUGAUAGUGGAUCACAUCUAUUCACCUGUCAGUUCGGAUAUACCGCACGCUUUCGCUGUCAAUGAUACGCGAAACGAGGGAACACUGUACUGUGGACCCCAUUUCAAGUGCAUGGAGACAUUUGCAAACGUGUUUCACUACCAGCUGCGGCUGGAUCAUGUAGCCAGCUUGCCUCCGAUGAGCGAGUUGCAGGAGCAGAUGGCCGAGGGAGGCUACAAUGUGUCGCUGCAUGGUGUGAGCAUCAGGACCAUGUUGCUCAAUUCCUCAUCGAAUGUCAAAUACAGUUAUCCCAUCGAAGUGGGAAAGUAUUGCGUUGCGAUUCCCCUGGCACCGGAGCUGUCCAAAUGGAUGUAUGUGGUGUGGCCAUUGGGUCGCUAUGUUUGGGCAACACUCUUCCUUGGCAUCUUCUAUGUGGCAUUCCUGUUGCGCUACAAUCAGUAUCCGGAGCGCAUAUCCAGCCCGUACAGGCGGAAUCUGCUCCAUGCCAUGGCACUGCUUAUGUACAGUCCCAACAUGAAUGUGCAUUUGCCGCUUAUAAGCCCACCCAUAAGGAUGAUCGUCUUCUACACGCUGCUUUAUGCCCAGGGAUUUAUAAUAUCCAUUUAUUACUUUAGUCACUUCACAAGCUACAAUAUGAAGCCGGUUUUUGUGAAGCCCAUUAAUACGUUGCAAGAGCUGAUUGAGUCCGGGGUGCGCAUCAUUAUACCAGACACUUUGCUGGAGGAGCUGCGGAUUGUACCCUUUACGGAUAUCGCUUCGUUGGAGGCACAAUUUGAGCCACGCAGCUGACCGGACUAUCAGGAACUGCUCACGCAUCCAUCUAGGAACUAUGCUUAUGUGUUCACCCAUGAUACUUGGAAGUUCUUCGAUCGGCAACAACGUGUGCUAAUUCAGCCAUAUUUUCAAAUGUCCAAGAUCUGCUUUGGGGGCGUACUCAAGGCGUUUCCCCUCCAAAGGGAGGCGCCAUUUGCCUCGGCCUUGGAUCGCUUUGUGUUGUAUGUGCGUGAGGUGGGUCUCUGGAAAUAUUGGGAGGAGAUGGCCUUUAUCUAUGCCUUGCGUGCCGAUUAUGCAAACAUUUUUGUGGACAGCUAUUCCGUGGAGCCAUUGAACGUGGAGUUCUUUGCGAUAGCCUGGAUUGUACUGGCAGUGGGUAUACUCACAGGCCUUGUGGUCUAUGGCCUGGAACAUUUGUGGUGCCGCUGGGAAAAGUAG